ACCGAGCAUUUACAUCAGCAAAGAUGAAGAGGUGGGAAGAGGCACAAGACAAAAAGUACAAACCCUUUGAUGAAGAGGCUUUAACAGAACAUUAUAAAAUCCUAACAACCCUUGGCCAAGGAGGAUUCGGGGAAGUAAAAUUGGCUAGCCAUCUACUCACGCAGACAAGGGUAGCAGUAAAAAUUCUUCCAAAAGGCAAAAAGAACACCUUCAUCAAAUCAGAACUUGAAAUAAUGAAAGCUCUAGAUCACCCCAACAUUAUUAAGCUUUUACAUAUAAUUGACACCACAAAUAAUACUUACAUGGUCAUGGAACAUGCCACAGGGGGAGAGCUAAUGGGCAGGAUUGUGAAGUUUGGCUACCUACCGGAGGAGGAGUCCUGUAGGCUGUUUAAACAGAUGGUAUGUGCCCUCCAGUAUUGUCACAGGAAAGGGAUUGCCCACAGGGACCUGAAGCCUGAAAAUAUUUUAGUGGAUGGCAAAGGAAAUAUAAAACUUAGUGAUUUCGGGCUGGGGGCCAAGCUUAUCAUGGGACAAAAGCUAGCAGCUUUCUGUGGGACCUUACCUUAUUGCGCCCCAGAGCUCUUUGAAGGUAAAGGCUAUGAUGGCCUUGCAAUUGAUGUCUGGAGCUUGGGAGUUGUACUCUACUUUAUGUCAACAGGGUGCCUCCCUUUCCAGGGACAUACCUAUGAAGGACUAAGGCAGAAGAUCUUGGCAGGAAAGUACUCUGUUAAAUUCAAGCUGUCACCAGAGCUUUGGGACAUGAUUGCUAAGUUGUUGACUAUAAACCCUAGACAAAGACCAAGAAUAGGUGACAUUUUGAGCUUUCAAUGGCUGAAGCAUGUCAAUGAAGGUUCUCCCAGUUCCUUUAGAGAGAAUGCCAGCCACCACCCAGACCCCACGGUAAUGGUCAUCAUGGGUGUGAUGGGAUACAGGCAACGAGAGAUAAAGAAAGCUUUACAGGAGAAGACGUUUGAUCAGGUGAUGGCUACCUAUUUGAUUCUUAGGCAACAGUCACCCUGGGGGGACAACUUCAUAAAAAAACUGAAGCCCAGGCAGUCAGAUCGAACCUUGAACUCUGCAGAGCCUCCCACAAUGCCAAAAGUGACGAUUAUAAAGAGAGGAUCUAGUGUCCCUACCCUUCCAACCUUCAUUUUGCCCACUCUACCUGAGAGUUCUAAGAAUGACAAAAAGUGUAGAACAAGGAACAGCAUGCCUCCCACCAUGAAUUACCCAAACAAGAAGAUGGCCCCUGUUCACAGAACCUGUCCCCAGGAUGUCCAGGAGGCUCACUUCAUGAGCAGCACUUGGGGGGAUACAGAGAGCAAUAACACCUCAGAUGAAAUAUGUACCCAACUGUCUUCAGAGUGUACACCACUGGAAUCUGAUUCAUCCCUGGAUGUGUCCAAAGCUGGCUCUAACAAUUCAAAGUACAAGGCAUCCUCUCCAAAUAUUUUAUCUCAUCACGCCUCUGUGGCAGAAGCCCAGUGUAAGUACACCAACAUAACAAAUGAAAAUAUCAGCUCAUCUCUCCCACAAACCUUACCUCAGGAGGACCUCAGGGGACGGCCCCACAGAAUGACUACAGCUGGUUCAAAGAACAACAUAACCUCAUGUGUUGCUUUACCUCAUCACAUCUCUGUGGAGGAAGCCCAGUUUAAGGACACCAACACACUAGGUAAAAAUAUCAGCUCAUCUCUCCCACAAACCUUACCUCAGGAGGACCUCAGGGGACGGCCCCACAGAGUGACUACAGCUGGUUCAAAGAACAACAUGACAUCACAGGAUGGUUUACCUCCAGUAUCCAGCAAGGAGGCCCAGGGUGAUGGUCCCACUGUACAAGAAAAAGACCUCAGCUCAUCCUUUCCAGAAACAUCCCGGGGACAUCUUAGUGGCCGGUGCCAGACUGCACCCAGAGCCCCCUUUAAAAAGCGAGUUUGGAAAAGCCUAAAGAACAGGAGUACAAAAAGAUUGAGACGUUUAUGUUGCUGCCUGUCAACUGAAAAUAGGGAGCGCCUAGCCAACAAUAAGAUCCUGGCUGUGAGCUAA